CUCUCCGCAGGCGGGAACAUCGGGUGAACAAACCCGCGAACCCGAACCUGCGAGAUCGGAAUCCGCGGCCCUAAAUCUUGGUCGACGGAUUGGCAAAGGAAUGGCGGGCAUAAUAUCUAAGCUAAAGAGCGGCGCGAACAACACCCCGCCGCCUCUCGAGAACAACCCCAUUAUGCAAUACUUCGAAGUCGGCAAGGAGAGCUCCACCGCCGGCCCGGGUCUAGUAUGGCGGAUCCAUGACGCCUAUCGGAAGAGCGAUGGGAAGGAGUGCUCAGUGUUCGUGUUUGACAAGCGCAUAGCUGACAAGCUCUAUAAACCAAAGCGGAAAGAGAGCAUGCUGGACCGCAUUAGAAGUUGUAUCACACAACUGGAAAAAAUGCGCCAUCCCAAGAUGCUGCAAAUUAUACAUUCAUUGGAGGAGGGUCAUAACACUAUCGCUUUUGCUUCGGAAGCCGUCGUUGCCAGCCUGCAUAAUAUAUUGAACUUUCACGAGACUUCACCACUGGCUCAAGGUGCUGCUCCUCCAAUCCAGCCGCACCCCAUUUCCCUGGCGCCACCAAGUUCCGCGGCACAGCUGCGCCAACAGCAAAUGCCAACCCAACGACCUCCAUUUGCUAAGGAAUACUACUUUUUGGACAUCGAGCUUCGAUAUGGACUAUUACAGAUAAUUGAGGCGCUGCACUUUCUGCACUACACGACUCGUCAGAUGCAUCGCAAUGUAUGCCCGCAAGUCAUCAUCGUCACCAAGCGCGGCACUUGGAAACUCUUUGGACUCGAGUUUAUUGAAAAUAUCAUCGGAACCGAUCCAACUGAGAUGAUGACGGUGCCACCGUGGUCCAUAAAGGUGGCCAAAAUUUGCCAACCAAACCUUGAUUAUUUGGCUCCUGAGGUCCAAACUAACGGGCAGUGCAACAUUCUGUCGGACAUGUUCUCCCUCGGGCUGGUGAUUUGCGCCGUGUUCAACAAUGGCAAGCCACUCAUCCAGGCCAACAAUAACCCCCUGCUUUAUAUGAAGCAGAUUGAAUUCUUGGAUCAACAAGUGAAUGCGGUACUACCGCGCGUGCCAGCCGCCCUGCAAGAGGCGGUCCAGCGACUGCUGUCACGAGACCCACACCCGCGACCAACUACCCAACUGCUACCUCUCAUCAAGUACUUCAAGGGUCAGGCCGAGAUCGCUAUUCAGGCGUUACAGUUUUUAGACGUUAUAACUAUGAAGGAUCCCAACCAAAAGGCAAACUUCUAUCGUGGACAGCUCAUCGACGCCCUACCGUACAUCCCAAAGAAACUUCGUUGGCAGCAUGUAUGGCCCGCGUUGCAGUUAGAAGUCCGCACCGCAGAAGUUUUAGCCGCCGUUCUACAGCCUAUAAUUUGGCUUACGAACGAGGCCACCCAAGAGGAAUUUUCGUUUUACGUAUUGCCAACUUUGAAAAACUUGAUGAACUCCCCGAAGAGCAUUCAGGCCUCAGUGACGAUCCUGGAGAACUUGCACAUUAUAUUGAAGAAGUGCCAAAAAGAUGAGAUCAAUAAUGAAAUUAUGCCACUGCUCUUUGCCGCACUUGAUAACAACUCCAAUCAGAUACAGACGGCUUCUUUGAUUUCGAUUCAAACUAUUUCUGAUUAUAUUGAAGACAAAACCUUGCAUUCAGUGGUGCUUGUGAAAGUGAAAACUUUACUGGAGAAGAAUCAGAGCGAUGUUAAAAUUAUCAGCCUCAUUCUUGGUUUCUUCGAGAAAAUUCUUGUAAGGCUUGAUAGGAAUCAUAUACUGGAGCAAGUGAUCCCAACUCUUCUGAGUAUGAGACUGAGUGAUCCCGACAUCAUAAAUCGUGUCGUCAAGCUUUAUAAAUCAAUGCUACUGGAAAGGAAGUUUGGGUUGACAACUAACGUGAUGGCGACAAAGAUGAUUCCUGCUCUAGCUCCGCAGACUGUCAAUCCAGCUUUGAACGUUGAACAGUUCGCUAAUAUCAUGGAGAUUCUGUACGACAUGUUGGACAAUAUUGAUAAGAACCAGCGCUACAAGCUAAAACGAGACAGCUUGUCGUUGCCCAGUCCCGAGCGUCACAGAGCGUUACGCCAUCAGAUGAGCACAGAUAAUAUGAAUGUACCUCCAUUUAACAUCCCCAAUCUGCGCGUGGAGAAACGCAAGACGUCGAGUGCCGAAGACAUGGCUCGCAAGAACUCUACCAGUGGGCCAAGCGCUCCUGCUAUUGGCGGCAGUAUGGGUGGUUUUAAGGGCACAGGUAUCGGACAGUGGUUCUUUGGAUCGAACAACUCCACAAAUAAUGACAGCAACUUCUUGCGCGUAGCGAGUGCAUUCUCCAACAGGCGGCUAUCCGACAAUACCUUGAUGACACCUAAAAUCCGUAUAGCACCGUCUUGCGCGUCGUCGCCAGGUGGAACUCCAGGAGGUAACUCUGGAUUGCCGACACGUCGUCACUCCAGUAUUGGACCUCAAGAGCGUCGCGGAUCAGCUGUAAACUUAUCGCCGCCGACCGGCUACCAGUACAGGGGUCGAGGUGGAUCAGGCUCUAGCCUGUCUGUGCCGUCGGCAUCGCAAUGCGUCGGGGGCUCUAUGCCGAACACGUCAUCGAGCGUGCCGUUCCUGCUGACCUCUUCCAUGCAGUCCAUCCGCUCGCGGCGCCCGUCGGCUUGCCUCAACACCUCGCAGGGUUCGGGGUUGCUGCAACAGCUGAGUAGCGGCAUGGUAAGGCAUCUGCCAGUCGUCGGCUCUUCUAGCAAUGCGCAGGCGCAGACGCACCCGCACCAUCAUUGGGGUCCGCUUCAUGGCGCCACAGCAAGCUACUCUGCUCUGAAGCACACCGCCUUGUCAGUCAGCAAAUGCCCGUCACUCAAUAUAACCAUGACGCGUUAAGCGCACUAGGAACCGAUCAGCCCGCCCCUCGUAGCAUCGGAGAAUCAUCGCCCUGCGCCGAGAGCCAGAAGGCGCGCGAGACCCGGACGCCGCGCCGCCUGCCGCCCAGCCCUCGCCGGGCCAGUUAAACUUUCAAAUUCAGCCUCUGUUGGCGGUCCCCUUCCGGUUCUUUCUCGUAGUACUCUAAUAUUGAUGUUGUAAGUGCGAAAGUAUUAUCCCUACAUUACAUAAUUAUUUGCCUCUGUUUUAUUAGAUACGAUUUAUUUAUUUUUCUACACUAUUUGUUCCGUCAUUUUUUUAUGUGCAUAAUAUUGAGACUGGAGUAGGUGGUUACUCGGAAACCAUGACAUAAAUCUUUUCAAGUAAGAAC